GGUUUCGUGCAUUUGCUGUUCGGUGACAACGAACGUCAUCGUGAACUAUAUAAGAACAAAUUAAAAAAGACUAGCCACUAAAUAAAACACAUCAUGCCGCUUGGACACUUACCUGCGUGUGUAAUAGAUGUAGGCACAGGGUAUACAAAGUUAGGCUUUGCGAGUAAUAAAGAGCCUCAACUAGUGAUACCAUCUGCCAUAGCUAUCAAAGAAUCUGCAAAAGUAGGAGACAAUAGUGCAAGGCGGGUCACAAAAGGAGUCGAUGAUCUUGACUUUUACAUUGGUGAUGAAGCUUUCGAAGCUACGGGAUAUGCUGUGAAAUAUCCAGUGAGGCAUGGCCUUGUUGAGGACUGGGACUUGAUGGAGCGAUUCCUUCAGCAGUGCAUCUUCAAAUACCUCAGGGCGGAGCCCGAAGAUCAUUAUUUCCUGCUGACUGAACCCCCUCUCAAUACUCCAGAAAAUCGAGAAUACACUGCCGAAAUUAUGUUCGAAUCCUUUAACGUGUCAGGACUUUAUAUAGCUGUGCAAGCUGUGCUUGCCUUGGCUGCUUCCUGGACAGCGAAAAAUCCAUUGGACAGAAGUCUAACAGGUAUUGUCGUCGACAGUGGAGAUGGCGUUACCCACGUUAUUCCAGUGGCGGAAGGUUUCGUUAUAGGAAGUUGUAUAAAGCACAUACCAAUCGCAGGCCGAGACAUAACGUAUUUUAUUCAGAGUCUUUUGAGGGAACGUGAAGUGGGCAUUCCGCCCGAGCAGUCCCUCGAGACGGCCAAGACAAUUAAGGAAAAGUAUUCAUAUAUUUGUCCGGAUAUUGCGAAAGAGUUUGCAAAGUUCGAUACCGAUCCUACUAAAUUCAAGAAGUUUGAGGGCGUUAACAACAUCACGAAGCAACCUUUCACCGUGGAUGUCGGCUAUGAAAGGUUUCUCGGACCAGAAAUUUUCUUCCAUCCUGAGUUUUCAAACCCAGAUUUUACAACACCGCUCAACGAAAUCAUCGACGAUGUGAUUCAGAAUUGUCCCAUAGAUGUUAGGAGGCCUUUGUAUAAUAAUAUAGUUUUAUCGGGUGGAUCGACGAUGUUUAAAGAUUUCGGAAGGCGACUGCAGCGUGAUAUAAAGAGAACAGUCGAUGCUCGAUUACAGUUGAGUCAAAAACUCAGUGGCGGUCACAUUACGCCAAAGCCAAUAGAUGUCCGCGUCUUGUCUCACAACAAACAGCGCUGUGCUGUCUGGUACGGAGGUGCACUAUUAGCUAGCGAUCCAGAAUUCUACCAAGUUUGUCACACGAAACAAGCCUACCAAGAACACGGACCCGGAAUUUGCCGCUACAAUCCUGCGUUCCGCAGCAUGAUAUAAGGAAGAAGAAAGCAUGAGUGUCUGUGCGUGUUUACUCGGGCAAUCAACCGCGCGCAGCUGACCAACUGACCGACCGACCGAACCAAACGACUUAUCGUAUUUAGUUGUUCUGCAUUCCGCGCAGUUAACCCAACCGUAGCCCAGAAACGAUCAAAAACUGCACUGAAAAAGUCAUGCAACUAAUUCUUACGUAAAACUGCCCAAUGUGAACGUCACAAUUAUUGUGAACGCACUGGGAGUCUUAAUUAAGAUUCAUGAUACUAACUGAUGAUUCGGUGAAGUAAAACAAUUGAGGCCUGCAUUUAAAGAGGGACUUUAGAUAAUAAAGGUAUUACUAUUAUUAUGUAAAAUGAAAGACUAAUACGUGUACUGCGGAACGAUUGUAUAGAAUCUGUACAUACGAAGCGUGUGUUAAAAGAAUCAACUUUUUGAAAUAAUAUCUCUUGUUUUCAACAUA